AUGAAGAGUCUUGUGGUCGCAGCGACAGCUCUCGCCGCUGUCGAGGCCCGGAACCUCGCUCGAAUGGAAGCCCAGCCCACAGUGCCAGCCAUCUUCGCCCUCGAUGGCUUCUCACCAGCCCCGACCACGCCUCCAUCACCCGAACACGUCGCUGCUCGAGCAGAAAGCUCCUCCCCUGUCCUUUAUUACAAUACCCAAAACACGUGCGGUUAUGUGUCUGGUAUCUCGAGUGCGCCAUACUACUGUGUCAACAAGGGAGACUAUUGCGCUCUGAGCACCUCUGCUAAUGGCAAUAUCGGGCGCCUCGCUUGCUGUGGUGCCAGCUCGUGCCAUUUCCGAACAACUUGCGUCAACUCUGCCGAUUAUAUGACAUCAAGAGCUUGCAACCAGGAGUGCCGAGAUAAUGUCUACAUUUUAAAGUGUAUCGACACGCGGUACGCAUAUUGCAAUACAGUCUCAUUUGCUGGGGGUGUCAUUGAUUAUGCGUGUGGCAUCUCAGACAUCAGCACAUAUCAAUAUGUGGCCACCAGCUACUCUGGGGAGGUCAACCCCCAAACCUACACUGGGUAUACCGUCACAGGGACAUCUGCCUCUGGCACGUCAAAGUCAGGAUCUGCCACUGGAGCGCCAUCGCCGACUUCCAGCCAUACUAGCACUACGACGACGAGCAGCACCAGCACGUCACAACCAACCAACGAUAACAAUAACAAGAGCAGCACCCCAGUUGGCGCCAUUGUUGGUGGUGUAAUCGGAGGUGUUGGAGCGCUCGCACUAAUUGGCGUUGGUAUCCUCUUAUUCCUCCGCAACAAGAAGAAAGACAACGCCCAGCAAAGUCCCCCAGCACCUCUCAUGAGCCAACCUCAGACUGGUGGCGCCCCCCCGCCGCACCAACAGUAUGCUUACCCAGACGCUGCCAACGCAGCCUACUCGACUUCUCCGAGCGCUACUGGAGCAUAUUAUCCCCCUCAACAGCAGAGCCCUCAGCAGCAGGGAUCCCCAGACCUUCGCUACUCUUACCAGCCAUCGGUCAGCCCCGCCACGAGCUAUACACCGCAGCCAUAUGGUCAGCCCGGCUACGGACAGCAGCCUUACCAACAGACCGGCUCGCCACCACCUAUGCAGCAUCAAUAUGCUGCACCAUCUGCUGGUGCCGCAGGAAAUGUGAAUCGCAAGGACGUACCGCCCGGCAACGCUCAUGAGGCGCCGACGGCCAACACUGCUGGCCACCGUGGCGAGAUGCAAGAAUUACCUUAG